GUGAAAGUAGUGUAUGAUAUUCUGAUAAGGGGCGAGGGCUUGUUAAACACACAGAACCAUUUGGAGCUCCACUCAACAUGAAAGGUUGUUGGCAGGUAGUGCUAUUGACAGGCCUCCUAGCAGACCAUACCCUAGCACAUUGUGACUGUCAUGACGAUGAGUACGGCAGCUUCAGCCUGGAGUUUACAGAUGAGAUCUCCUUGAGUGGUGACCUCUCGGAGUUCCCCUUUGUCAUCCACCCUCACGACCAUGGGCACAACCACGACCACGAACAUAGCGACCACGACAGUGGUGGUCCUCCCGAGAUCUUCAGCCCUGAUUUCUUCAGCUCCGGUGAAAACCACGGGUCAUUCCACGAAGAAGUGGUAGCAGACUUGUCUGUAGAGCAUGGUCAUAAACCUGGCCACGACUAUGACCACGACUAUGACCACGACUACGACCACGACCACGACCACGGCAGCCAUGGUCAUGAACACUUUGAUCACUAUGAUCAUCACGAAUCUCACAAUGACUACGAUUACGGUCCCGACGUUGGCAACGUGGUGUUCUACUACAAGAAGAAGUAAAUUGUGUUCCUAGUUAUAAUGUUGUGUUUAAUUUUGUAAAGUAAAAAGUUAAAAUUUG